AUGACUCAGAAGCAGCAGCAAAUUAAAAAGCUGCUGCAGCAGCUCGACGCAGAGCUGCUGGCGGAAAACCCUACUUUGCAAGACCUGCACGCGCUGUACAAGUCCCUUUUCUUAGAUGAUCCUCUUGAAGGCGUGGCACCGGAGCAAAGGCCCUGGCGGUGGACAGACAAGAUGCAGCCCGAAGCGCUUCUCGCUUUGCUGGAGAGGUCUGCUAACAUGGAGGGGAAGGUGGAUGAGUUUGAACAAACCCUCAGAGAGGCCAGCGAAUGCCAAUCGACGGCGGAGUUGAAGGCUUUCCUGAAUCAAACAGCAGCAAAAGGACUUCAUCCUGCUGCUGCUUCGCUGCUGCUGUUUGCUGCAGCGCAGCAGCAGCAGCUGCUGCUGCCUGCUGCUCCUUGCAGCUAUAAGGCCCCCAACUUCC